AACACGGUGAUGGUGACCAGCCAGACGAGCACGGGCACUCGGGUGCUGAUCAGCUCGCACGGGAGACUCAGCGGCAGCUACCCGGUCCGACGGACGGGUGCCGCCAAGCGAAGGCCCCGGAUGCGGCAUUCUGCGCCUCAGCUGGACGGCGACUCGGCGAGGGCCCUGUUCGCCGCUCCGGCGGCCAUGCCCGCAAGUCCUGGUGGCGUCACCAUCGUUCAGAGACUGCAGCCGGCAAAGGAAUCGACGUCGACAUUCUACGUUUCCCUGACCGGCGGAACGAGGGCUCCCCGCGAAGAGAAAGCUCCACAGAGCCGGCCGACGGCACGGUCCCCGGACGAACCCCUGUACGCGGACACGCUGCCGACGGUCGUGUCGGCCCCUGAGUGUGCGGUCUACGACGACUGCAGCGCCUCCCAGGAGCCCGUCUACGAAGAACUGCCCGAUCAACCAACCCAGCAGCACAGAGAAAAAAAGGUGCUGCCGUUCGACAUUCCGCAGAAGUCUUUCUUUGAGGGCGCCUCAAAGGCAGAUAUUCUGGGAUACCUCGAAGACGCCAAGGUGCGGGGUCUCGAGAACCUCGUCAGUGACCUUGGCACAGUGUCCUUCGAGGCCCUGGCAGAAGACACCGCUCUGGACAAACUCCCAUCAAGUGCAGACGUCGAGAGAAACGACAGCGGAAUCGGAGGUGAUCGCUAUGCGGGGCCCUUGGAGCACUCCCCCAACGGGAACAGCGAGGAACAGCGAUGCGCCGACUGCGACCAGCAGGUGACCGGAGACGAAGAGCUAGUCUGUCCCAAGUGCGAGAAGAAGCGCACGGAACGCCGGGAGAUCAUCACCGAGAUCGUGCAGACGGAGCUGAAGUACGGCCACGACUUGCGCAUCGUCAAGGAGGAAUUCUACAAGCCCAUCGAAACCGCGGGGUUGCUUACGAAGCCACAAUUGCACGAGAUCUUCCUGAACUUGGACGAGCUCAUUACGGUCAACACAUCCUUCUCCGAAAAGCUUCAGGACGCGUUGGACAUUGCCAGCGAGCAAGGAGACGAGGAAUACACAACUGUGGACAUAGGAAAGCUGUUCCUCGGUGCCGCCGGGAUGCUCCAGGCCUUCCAGACCUACUGUGUUAGACAGGCAAAUGCUUCGCUGAGUCUAAUGGCCCAGGAGAAAGAGAAGGAGCUACUACGCAUAUUUCUGAGGGUGUCCCAGAUGGAGAACACGCUUCUUCGAAGGAUGAACCUCGCGGCUUUCCUCAUGGCACCGGUUCAGAGGGUCACAAAGUAUCCACUGCUGCUCAGCCGUCUUUACAAGGUCACGCCCCACUCCCACCAGGACAGGGAAGCGCUUCGCGAUGCUCAGCACAGGGUGCAGUUGCACCUAGAGCACAUCAACCAGCUCACGAGAGGCACCAACCCGACCAAGAUCUGGAGGCGAAUUUCAAGCAUUUCCGUCAACCCAAGGCGAGCUCCAGCCAAUCUGGGCGUCGGAAGUAUCAAGCUGAGAAAGAUGGCCCUCGACCUGCUACGGUGGAACCGAGACGAGACGCGAUUCGUGAUGGCCGGCCGCCUCCUGGUGGCCGAGCAGCAGCCGUACGGCCGAGCCGCCCGGUUCGCGUCCCUGCACGGUCUGCUGGCUGUGCUGGGACGGCCAAACUCCAACUACCGGCCCGAUCUGGCCCACGACAACUCCCUCCUGUUCCCGCGCAACACGGGCAUCCGGGACGGUGCCCUCCUGCUUGCCAAGGAGAAGGCCGGCAAGUUUGUGCUGCCCCGAGAGCCCCUUUCCCUGGGCAGCUGCAUCAUCAGCUGCGACCCGGAACUGAAGGACUGCUUCGAGAUUCAAGAGCACACCUCCAAGGAAGGCUUCCUCUUCAAGGCGGAGAACAGCAUGGAGACAAGGGAGUGGCUCAAGCAGCUCCGCUACCACGCCAAAGAUCUCGGUUCCUGGCGGAGGCGACGCAAUGGCAUGGCCAACAUCAUGAUCAACGGCAUGGACCGCUACUGACGUCCCCCCACCUCACCACCUCCGCACCCCGUCCCUGCAACGCCCUUUCAAGUGCACCUCACCGUCUUGUGUGGAACACUGUUGCGCAUGACGCACCCCCGUGACCCAUCCCAGUUCCCGAUGUCGGCGGCGUUCGCAUAAAGGUGCCGCGACCCGAUGACGAGUCGCCGCCGCUAGUUCCGGAAAGUGUGUCGACGCUGUCCCCGAAGACAGCGACUGCCCAGAGUAUAAAAGAUAUACGACGAUGUGCUUCUCGGCAUCCCCGGACCUGUUUUUACAAUGUUGCUUCGACUGUAAGAUACUUGCAGAUGUAUGUUAAUGUAAGCUAAUUGAAUGUAGUACAUAGAAAAAUAAAUUUCUUCCAGAGAAUACGCA